CCCAGGAUUCCUGCAUUAGUUGGAAAGCUGUUUCUAAAGAAGAAACAGUAUUCAUAUGGUAUAUUCCACAGGCUCCAAAAUGAUCCGAGAUGUUUUACAACCAGUGAGUAAGUUUGAAAAGAGUUCGGUUCAAGAUUACCGAGUUUCCAAUACAUUCAUCGCAGAGCUCGACAUGGAACAGGAACACGACAGCGCCGAGACUCUGCACUAUUCUGUGGGGAUUCUUAGUAUAUGCGCAGGUGCGUUGUUGCUGGUGGUGAACUACUACUCGACUGUAUUGCCGAUCCCCAGUACGGCUUUGGGCAUAUUACUGCUUAUCGUGGCGGCUCUCCUAUGCUAUACUGGUAUAAGGAAGUGUUCAAGUCAAGCUACGCUGUUUGUGAACCUGUGCCUGACGGUGUCUGCUCUGUGGUGUGGAUCUGGCCUGAUCCACAUCUUAAUUGGAGAGAAAGUUGUUCAGGAUAGUGGAAUCAGGAAUGCUCUGGUCCCUGGCUACGCAGCUUUUGUCUUGGUGCUCUUCAUCAUUGGGGUGGUGGGGAUAAUCCAAAAGGAAGUGAUCCCGGCUGUGAUUGCUUUUGCUAUUUCUCUUGCUAAUGCCCAUGAGAUUGCUGCAUUAUAUAAUCAAUCUUUUGGUCAGGCUUCAGUGGCUUCAAAUUAUUUGAUAGUGUCCUUUAUAGGAAUUUACUUUGGAUUGGGCCGUGCUUCUGUCUUCCUAAGUAAAGGAAAAAUAACUCUCCCGGGGACUGGUCUGUCCAAAAAUAAUUCCCAUCUGCAAUCUACAUCUCCGAGCCUCUUUAAAAAUGACACAAUAAUUCUGGGGUACAUUACUAAUAUGCUAUCUGCCAGUGUGUUAGGAUGCCACGUUUUGGGUGUAACCUCCAUUCUGUUUGUUGGUCAGGUUCCCUGGCUGUGGACGGCAGGUGUCUACCAAAUUAUUGUUUGCAUUUUGUCUUACAGGGCUCUUGACACCCUGAAUGCUACGUUCUUUGGUUUUACCUCCAUAUUAAAAUUUGCAGAGGGCUAUGCUUUGCUUUAUAGCCUCUGGCAAAAUAGUCAACCCUUCUUUCCAGUUCCAGUCCCUAUUGUUCUUGCUGUCCUAUUUUUUAUUCUGGCUCUAUUUAUGACUAGCAAAAGCCUUGUUGAUGGAAUGUAUUUGUUGUUUUUUGUUGCAUAUUGUUUAGCAGUGGCAGCUCACCCCAUUGGCUUUUUCAGUGGUGGAGCACAGGGGGUCAGUGUGGCUAUAUUUGUAGCAUCUGCUUGCUUAACAUUAAUUUUCCUUUUCAAUAGCAUGGGGUACUUUACUAUUCCCACUGGAAAAGGGGUUGUAAAGGCUUUAUUCAGUAGGAUGAAUGCUUUAUCUUUGAAGUCAGAUAAAGACUCCCACAGCCCAUACUUGGGAUACUCCAGGUAUUCAGAUGCUGAGAUUCUAGCCCUUGCCUGUAACGUUGUGGCUUCUUUUGCCAUUUCUGUAUCAGUUAAUCCUUCUGCACCUUUAGCCACAGUAGUCCUGCCUUGGAUAGUUAUUCCUGGGGGUGUCCUACAGAUUCUGUGUGGCUCAAUCUCUUUUUCUUGGGGUAAAACCCUAGAAAGCUGUGCUUUCAUCCUAUAUGGUUUAGUAUGGAUAAUCUGGGGCUUGACUAGAUAUGGUGGUCUCUAUGGUUCCACAAGAGGGUUUGGUAUUUCAGUAGGAAUUAUUUGCUUCCUGCUCUUUAACAGCUUUGUGGUGAUAGGGACUUGCUUUCUUAAUGCAGCAUGGUUUGCCUUCUCACUCAGCUUUCAAUUGAUCCUAAUCAGCUUCCUUUUGGAUGCUGUUAAUUCAAUUCCUUUUGGAUACGAUAUUGGAGUCACCAUCAUUUUUGGUUUAGUUAGUUUUUACUGCUUUCUGGCCACCCUCUUUAACCAAAACUUUGAGAGCCCCCAGUUACCCUUGGGACAGGCUUGGGCAAGCCUGUGUGGAUUUGGGCAGAGCAAUUCCAUAUGCCCUCAUUUGCCUUCAAGAAAAACCACCUCAGUCAGAAAAAUUGCAGAAAUUAUGAAAAAUGGAGGAAUAUGUGGUAUUCCAACAGACACUGUGUAUGUGCUGGUGGCAGCCUGCAAUCGUCCUGAUGCUGUUGAGAAAGCUUACAACACAAAGAAACAGGCCAAAGAGAGGCCCAUGUCUCUGUGGAUCUCCAGCUUAGCACAACUGGAACCAGUCAAACAUCUGUUAAACCCUCUCUUGUGGGAUUUCAUGCAGACAGUUUGGCCAUCGUCUAUCAGUCUUGUCAUCCCCAGGGGUGAAUGGCUGAAACCAUUUGGAUUGAAACAUGCAGAUAAAUAUAUCGGGACUCCUCAGAGCAUCGCUAUUAGGAUUCCAGACUGUGCUGUUACAACACAUCUCAUCGACCAGGUAGGUCCUAUAGCAGUGACAUCAGCAAAUCCAACAGGAGAAGCAGACACCACACACCACAAUCAGGUCUAUGCCAAACUUGGCGAGAAGGUUGAUGGUGUAUUGUGUGAUGGGCCUUCACCUGAGAAUAUUGCCUCUACUGUUGUGGACUGUACCAAGAUAGAGAUGGGGUACACUUAGUUUCUUAGAGUUGCAUUGUGCCCAAAUCAGAGAUCUUGCGGUUGUUUGAAGAAGUGCAGAAGAAAUAUCUAAAAGGCUAUUCCAAUGAUGGAUUCACUGAGGAUCAUUCAGAACUUAGAACAGCUCAACAGCCACAGGACCCAAAUGCCUUUGCCAACAUGGCCUUUACAAACGAGGUGGAAGAGGAUAAGAAGUUGUAAUGUAUAAGUAUUACUGAAAGAAUUUGUAAACUAUACUUUUGUAAACACAACUACGAGCACAAAAGAUGAUACCUCAAGUGAUGCUGACAGAGCUGCUGAUUGUUCCCAGUAUCUUCCGAGUUGUGUCAAAUUUCCAUGAUCUGCACAAUUUUACAGUAUUUUGCUAAAGUAAUUCGGGGGUAGUGGUAUGAUAGCUGUGCAGCCAAAUCUGUAGACAAGUCUCUAAUUUUUACUACCAAAUGGUUUUGGCAUUUCUCUUGCAUCUCCCUACAUACAUGCUCUAAUGCAUCAUUCCCACUCGUUGGAGGAGGAAUUAUUCACAUAGACACAAAUGGGAUGGAGUGUAAUUGGACCACAGUGAGGCUUGUUGGAACUUAACUAUCUGAUUUCUUCUCUGAACCCCUGUGGUCUUGCUGUCCACAAGAAUUAUAAAUCACAGAGAAGGAAUAACAAUGGUCCCACCAAAUCUGGAUUCAUCCCCAAAAGCUUUAAGAAAUGUUUACGUUCAUAUCAUUGAUGCAAUGACAACUGCUCAUCAAAAUACUGAUAAACCCAGAACCUUUCCCGUCAAAGCAGCUUAGUAUAAUAAUCAUUAUAACCAAAAACAAGAUAAUAUUCCCUUCAGAGACCAAAGAUUAAUACAGUGAUUUGAAAGUGAAAAGGAACUGUUUCAAACAGAGAAGAUUAAGGCAGUGAUGGUACAAGCAAAAGUGUUUGUGGUGAGGGAGGGGUUUGGGAAUGGGGUCUUGCAUCAUUGAAAUUGUCAUGAAUGUGGUUUUCCAAAUUAUGAAAACGGUUUCAAGUUAAAAUUUUGCAACUUGCAAGACAACUGUAAGCAGGAUUGAACACCUGCACACUUGAGAACAGACACCUCCAAUUGAUCACCAGGUCUAAAUCAUAAUGAAUCAUUUUAUAAAAUUAGAUUUGAUGUUCACUGUUCUUUUAUUUGCAGAAGAGGUUCUCAAAGCAUAUGAUUUGUCAAUGGGAAUCAUGUAUUUUCUAGUUCAGCUGGGGGCAGAUAAGCUGAAUGAAAAAUCUAUUGUUAUUCUGAAUUCAUUGAAAUGUGUAUAUAUGAACAAGUUGAAAUUUGAAAGAACAGAGAGAUGUAGUUGCACUUCAUAUUGUAUGAGCUUUUUGUAAUAAAAAAUUAUCUAAGUUUCUAA